UGCUGGUGGGAGAAGCAACAGUAAAUAAAGCUUUAAAUAAAUUGUGAAGAAACAUUUACCCAGCGGAGUGAGAUGAAAAAAAAUUAAAUGUGAUCUGAAUAAAAUACAAGUCGUCAAACGGUGAUAGCGUUCAAUAUAUUUCUUCUGGUUUCAAUUUAGUUUUUCGUCUUCCAUAUUUUAUGUUUGUCACCGCAUUACAUGAUUCUUGAGUUAUUACACUUGUGGUCAGAAGUUACAUACACUCGGCAUGAAUGUUGUUGUAUUUGGUGAUUGCAAUUGUUUAAUGUACGUCUUUAACGACUUUUAAAAACAAGACUUGUUAGCAGACCUUUAAUUUAAUAUUUUCUCAUAUCCACACAGGGUAAAAAUGGAUGGACAAAUAUAUCUUUGUUCAUCGAUCUGUCCCAGCUUUGUAGCCAGAGUAAAAUUAAUGUUCAUCUUAAUUAAUUACAUGGCAGAGGGUACAACAACCUGUCUACCUACCUGUUUCCAUUUACACAUUCCCCCCCCCCAGAUUUUACACUGAGUACCGGUAAGUCAAUAACAUAUAAUAAUACAUAAAUACAUAACAAUAAUAAUAAGUAAACUUCGACAUGAUCAUUAUUUCAGUAUUCUUUCGAUUUUUGCUUCGGCGGUACGUGUGAAGACUUUUGAAUUUAUGUAUAUAUGUAUGUGUGUGUGUGUGUAUAGAGAGAGAGACACAACUGUGACUCUUAAAAGUGUGUGUUAUCGAUCCUGUGAGCAACGUGUUUACUUUACUAUUUAUACCCAAUCAUGACACUUUCCCAUUUCCAAUUCAUUUGUUCACCUAUACCAUGUUUGAAAAUGGAAUUUUCCAACAGCAACUGUAAUUUAAAAGCACAUAUUCUCACGAUAAUGUAAUGGAUUACAAUUAUAAUUUUUUUAAAAUUAAAUGAUGUCAUCUUGUUACACGUAAUUAAUUUUUCCUAUCACUGCAUAAUUUUUACGACAGUUAAUAUUUUAAUGUCGGUCAUGAGCUGUGUCAAUACUCAGGAUACAACCAUACCUAAAUGUUUUGUACUUUUUGGAAAACAGCGUACAUGGUCAAUAUCAUAGCUAGAUUAUUAAUAUCCUGCUAUUAAUAGUUUGUCCUAUCUGUUAAACAGUAUCUUUGAUGCAAUCGAACCGGUUACAAAGUGCAAGAGAGGCGAGUUGUCUCUCACGCCUGAGGUUUAUUAAAGCCGAUUCGUUGUUGUGUCUUUGACCUAGUUUGUCCUAGUGGCUUUGCCGUACCAUUUCCACUUUAGCGCUACUUCCGGGUACGCUUUGGCUAACCAAAAAACGCGCUUCUCUUUAUACUUCUUCCUGAAUUCAUCUUGAAUGUUCUGAGUCUCGAUACAAUGCAUCGCAGCGCUACUUUACGAGACUAAAACGACAUCCAUACAUCUUCCUUGCCGGAUAAUCUCGUCUCGGUGCAAGCUGAAACUUCUCCAGUUAGCUUAGCUUGCUAGCUCCUAGCACGGCGACGCGAUUGUUAGCAACACGUCGCCAAGUAGAGCUUGGGUUGCGAUUAUCGGGUGGAAAUGUGUGCAAAAAGGGUGAAAGAAGACUACGAGGAGGAACUUCGAACAAACGAGCGACAAGGUCAAGUACCAGACGCUGUUUUCGAACUGCCUCAAGAUGAACUCCAUGGAGCAGAUGUCCAUGAAAAAUAUGUUCUGGCGCCAGAACCGUCUCACAUUAAAUAUGAAGAGGAGGAGGAGGAAGAAGAGGCGGAUGAUAUCGCCAAGUUGCAGUUGACUGUUGCCCCUUUGAAGAGUGAAGAUGAAGUUAAAAGUCAAAGUGAGGAGAUCGGAGGGGCCCAGCCUCCGAGCGGAAGCUCAAGUCAACACACGACACGCGAAGGUUAUAGAGACCACUUUGGAGGAUCGCAAGCAGACAGCCUCUUCGCACCACGAUCAGAUAGUGACGACACAACGUCGCCUGACUCUGACGGGGAGGAGCACUCUAAAGGUGAGAUGACACGUCACACUGACGACAAACGGUUGGAAUGUUGUCAGUGUGACAAAACUUUUGGAACCGAGACCGAUCGGAAAAGACCCGUGAUGCUCCACAAUGGAGAGAACCCUUUUGUCUGCUCAUUUUGUGGUAAAAGCUUCUCUGUAAAGAGAAGUUUAUUAAGGCACACAAGAACACACACUGAGGAAAAAACCUUUGGCUGUGCAGUGUGUGGUCAACGAUUCACAUGGAAGGGACAUUUGAACACACACAUCAGAACACACACUGGGGAGAAACCCUUUGCCUGCUUAAUUUGUGGCAAAAGAUUCUCUGAAAAGGGAAACUUAAUAAAACACACAAGAACCCAUACUGGAGAGAAACCAUUUGCCUGUUCAGUUUGUGGUCAAAGAUUCUCUGAAAAGGGAAACUUAAUUAAACACUCAAGAACCCACACUGGAGAGAAACCUUUUGUCUGCUCUGUUUGCGGUCAAAGAUUCGCUUGGAAGGGAAACUUAAGAGCACACACGAGGACACACACUGUUGAGGAACUUUUUACUGGUUCAGUCUGCAGCUUUAGUUCAGCAUUGAAAGCUCAUCAUCCUGAGCAGCUAGAGUGGAGCGCUAGGUUGGAGCGGCAGGAGCCAGAGCUUCCCCAAAUUAAAGAGGAAGAGUUGGCGCAUGAUAUCACCAAGCUGCCAUUGACUGGGGUCAUUGUGAAGAGUGAAGAUGAGGAAGAAAAUUGUCAAAGUGAGGCGAACAGAGAGGCUGAGCCUUCGAGCAGCAGCUCAAGUCAACAUACGGCAACAGAAGGUUACGGAGACCACCGUGGACGAUCACAAGAAGAGAGUCUCGCAGCUCCACUAUCGGAUAAUGACGACGUAACGCCACACACGUUUGACACUGAUGAUGAUGAGCGCUGUGAUGAUGGUAUGACAUGUCACGCUGACAACAAACACUGGGAAUGUUCUCAGUGCGACAAAAGUUUUGUCUACAUGUCUCUUUUGAAAAAGCAUAUGAUGAUCCACACUGGGGAGAAACCUUUUAGUUGCUCACUUUGCGGUAAAAGAUUCUCACGGAAGGGACAACUGAACGCACACAUGAGGACACACACUGGAGAGAAACCUUUCAGCUGCUCAGUAUGCAGAAAGACAUUUGCUCAGAAGGGACAUCUGAAUGAACAUACAAGAACACACACGGGAGAGAAACCUUUUUUCUGCGCCAUUUGUGGUAAAAGAUUCUGUGAAAGGGGACAUUUGAAGGCACACAUGAGAACGCACACUGGAGAGAAACCGUUUUCCUGUUCGAUGUGUGAUCUUAGAGUAGCUCAAAAGAGUACUUUAACAAAUCACAUGAAAACACACACUGGAGAGAAACCUUUUCCCUGCACAGUUUGCGGUAAAAUGUUUGCUCGUAAGGCACAUUUGAACAUACACACAAGAACGCACAGUGGCGAGAAACCCUUUUAGUCCGCUUUAGGCGGAACGUCACGUGACCAAAACCGGUUCGCGGACUUCCUGUGUAUGCUGCGAUAGCUCGCUUAACUACGGGCUGAUGACAUGAUGGCUUCAUGAAAAUAAUAAUAAUAAUAAUGCAUUCGACUCGUGUAGCGCUUUUCAAGGAACUGAAAGACGCUUAACUAUUUACACGCGUUAUUGAUUCACUCCACAGUCACAGCCCAGCAGUUUGAACCCCAACUUUAAAAAAAAUUAAAUACAUUUGGUUUUCUUAAUGGCUGGUGUUCUCGGAUCAAGGUGAAUGCAUGUAUAUCGUUCAUUUAUACGAAUAUGAUAUUUGUAAACAGGAACAAAGCCGACACAUUGGAAAUUGUCAUCUUUCCUAGCUGUUGAAGACGUCCUGUGGAAAACAAACGACAGUGUAGAAGUUUCAAAUGUCCACAGUUGGCUGUCCAUAAUUCCUAUUUUCUAUUUUUUUUUUAUUUCAGUAGUUAAACACAGUUGAUUAUUUGAUAUUUAUUUGUUUCAUUUGUAUUUAUAUCGUAUUCCUUUUGCUUUGAUUGAUUUGUUUUUCUUAUAUUCACUUUAACUUGUAUUGCUUGCAAAAUGUUUAGAUUCUGUAUUUUAUAUAUGUAUGACUGUAUUUUAACCAUGCAGGGCACAUUGUGAGUCCUCUCUGUGGGAAGUGCUAUAUACUAUAUAAAUGAAAUUGACUUAC